AUGUCGACAACAGCCACGGUCACUUUCGUGACGCCAAUGGCCCCGGCGCCUCCUGGCCAGCCCGACAUAUCAUAUGCGCCGGACUACAACAAGUGGCAGGCCCGGGCAGCGCGCCGGCUCAAGGAGGAGAACCUGCCGAAGAAGUUACCGGAGGGCUUUCCAACCCAGCUGACCGGAGACAUGGUCUGGGGUGGAGCGAACGUAGCAGAGACCUACGACUGGACAUACGUCUUGAGUGCCAAUCAACUGGCCGAGAUAGACCAUGCAGUCGAGCAUUUCAAGGGUGAGGCUCAAGGUCUCGGACUCACACUAGGUAAUCUAACCCAGGAGCAAUUCCCACUGCCCACUCUGCACGCCGAGCUGCGCCGCUUGUCGACAGAACUACACAGCGGGCACGGCUUCUUCGUGAUCCGCGGGCUCAAGGUGGACGAGCACUCGCGCGAGGAAAACGUCAUCAUCUACACGGGCCUCUCGGCGCACAUUGCAGCGCAGCGUGGCCGCCAGGACCACAAGUACGACGGCAAGCCGGCCGACGUCGUCCUCGCCCACAUCAAGGACCUCAGCUCGUCGGCAGACAACGGAAUCAUCGGCAGUCCGGCCUACACAACUGACAAGCAGGUCUUCCACACGGACUCGGGCGACAUCGUGUCCCUGUUCGCCCUCGAGACGUCGGCGGCGGGCGGCGCGAGUAAGUUGGCUAGCACGUGGAGGGUGUACAAUGAGAUCGCGGCUACGCGGCCGGACCUUAUUAAUACGUUGUCGCAGAGUUGGGACAUGGAAGUCUUUGAGAAGGCCGCCAAGCAGUACACGGAAAGACCGUUGAUGUACCACUUCCCAGCCACCGAGUCGACACCAGAGCGCAUAGAGCUGCAGUACGGGCGGCGCUACUUCGUCGGCUUCGGCGCCCUGCCGCGCAGUCCGGACAUCCCGCCCAUCACCGAGGCGCAGGCCGAGGCCCUCGACACGCUGCACUUCCUGGGCGAGCGGUUCUGCGUCAACACCGACUUCCAGAAGGGCGAUAUCCAGUACAUCAAUAACCUGUCGAUCUUCCACGCGCGAGACGGGUUCACGGACACGCCGGAGAAGCGGCGUCACCUGCUGAGGUUCUGGCUCCGCGACCCUGAGAACGCGUGGCAGACGCCCGAGGUGCUGAAGUGGCGGUGGGAUCAGCUGUACGCGGGCGUGACGCCGGAGAGCUCUGUUUUCCCGCUUGAGCCGUUCAUCCGCAGUGCUGGCAACAAGGAGCGCUAG